AGAGGAGAGGAGGGGCAGAGGUUGGUCCUGAGAGCCCAAGCCAGGCAGGAGACAUUUCAAAACUUUUGGAGGCAACUGAGGCAAAAGAGAGAGAAAGAGGGAGAAAGAGAGAAGAAGUCUGGGGCUCCCUCCCUUGCUCCCUCCCUUCCAUCCUUCCCAAAGGGCCAUCUUCUUCCUGGGCGCUCAGCUGGAAAAGUCCAAGCAAGGAGUUUUGUGCAACAGGAGCACACUUUCUUGUUUUCUUUUUCUUUUUAGUCUCCUUUUUCUUUUCCUGCCCAGCGCCUGAGAGUUUUCCUAUGUGGCUGCCUUGUCGUGUGCCAACAUGAAAGACGACUUUACAGAAGAAGAGGAGGUUCAGUCCUUCGGCUACAAGAGAUUUGGUAUUCAAGAAGGAACACAAUGUACCAAGUGUAAAAGUAACUGGGCACUGAAGUUUUCCAUCAUACUUUUGUAUAUAUUAUGUGCCUUGCUAACGAUCACUGUAGCCAUUCUGGGAUACAAAGUUGUAGAAAAAAUGGACAAUGUUACUGGUGACCUGGAAAGUUCGCAUCAAAGAUACAGUGAGAAACUUACAGAAGUGGAGAGUGACCUGAAGAAACUGGAUUACCAAGCUGGUGAGAAAGCCAUGAGCACCAACACAGAGCUUUCAAGUUUCAAAGAUGAUAUUCUGGCCCUCCGCCAGCAGCUCCAUGAGAUUUCAGAGAAAACUGCAAAGAACAAAGAUACACUGGAGAAGUUACAGGAGUCUGGUAAUGUAUUGGAUGAUCGGCAGAGCCAAAUGAAAGGCGUUCUGGAUAGCAACUCUUUCAUGAUCGUCAGUGUCAAUAGAACACUUCAGGCCUACAAUGGCUACAUCAAUGACCUUCAAGAAGACACAAGCAACAUUCAAACCACUUUGCAAAGCCAACUGCGUUCACAUAAUGUCGUCAUCAUGAAUCUAAACAAUCUCAAUCAGACGCAAGUUCAGCAAAGAGAUCUUAUUAGUGCUUUGCAAAGAUCUGUGGAUGAUACAAGUCAAGCUAUCCAGAGAAUCAAAAGUGACUUUCAAAACCUUCAGCAGGUUGUCCUCCAAGCACGGAAGGACACAGACUGGCUUAAAGAGAAAGUGCAGAAUUUGCAGGCGUUAGCAGCCAACAAUUCAGUUUUAGCCAAAGCGAAUAACGAUACGCUUGAGGAUAUGAAUAGUCAGCUGAACUCAUUCAGUGGACAGAUGGAGAAUAUCACCACCAUUGCCCAAGCUAAUGAACAAAGUUUGAAAGAGCUCCAGGAACGUCAUAAAGAAUAUGAAAAUGGAACAUCUGCCAAGUUCAACCAGCAAGAAAACCGAUUUCAGAGCUUUGAGACAGAUAUUGUCAACAUUAUCAGCAAUAUUAGUUACACUGCCCAUCACUUGCGGACACUGACAAGCAAUCUCAAUGACGUCAGGACAACAUGCACGGAUACUCUUAGCAAACAUACAGAUGAGCUGACAUUUAUGAACAACACAUUAGCAAAUAUUCGCUUGGAUGCUACAGCUCUUAGAAUGCAACAAGAUGUAAUGAGGACAAGGCUAGAUAUUGAGGUAGCCAAUUUAUCAGUAAUCAUGGAAGAAAUGAAGCUGGUUGAUUCCAAACAUGGACAGCUCAUUAAGAAUUUCACAAUCCUGCAAGGUCCCCCAGGUCCAAGAGGUCCCAAAGGUGACAGAGGGCCCCAGGGUCCUAUUGGCCUUACUGGGCCCAAAGGACAAAAAGGAGAAAAAGGUGAACCAGGACCUCCAGGACCUCAGGGUGAAAAGGGGCCAAGUGGACCAGUUGGACCCCCAGGGGAAAAAGGUGGGAAAGGCUCCAGAGGUUCACCUGGAUCCAAAGGUCAAAGAGGUUCAACAGGGAAGACUGGUCUGCCAGGACCCAGCGGAGACCCAGGACCACCUGGACCACCUGGGAAGGAUGGCCCCCCAGGUCCUCCAGGCCCACCUGGACCCCAAGGCCUACAAGGAAUUGUUGGGGUACCAGGACUACCUGGUCCUCGUGGAUUACCCGGUCUGACUGGUGCACCUGGACUACAUGGGCUACAAGGGCAGCCUGGGCCUCCUGGACCUCCUGGACCACCAGGUCCAGGAAUACCUGUGGCACUACAGAGUGAGGCUAAUGGUUGUCCCAUUUACUGGAAGAAUUUUUCAGGGAACUGUUACUACUUUUCAACAGAAAGAGCCAUUUUUGAAGAUGCAAGGCUUUUCUGCGAAGAGAAAGCAUCACAUUUAGUUUUCAUAAAUAAUAAAGAGGAGCAGCAAUGGCUAAAAAAACAGGUUAUUGCAAAAGGCAGCUUCUGGAUUGGGCUCACAGAUGCAGCAAAGGAAGAUGAAUGGCGAUGGUUGGAUGGAACAUUACCAGAAUAUGUAAACUGGAGUGCUGGGCAGCCUGAUAACUGGAAACAUGGCCAUGGACCAGGGGAAGAUUGUGCUGGUUUAAUUCAUGCUGGGUUCUGGAAUGACUUUUACUGUGAAGAUGUUAACAGUUUUAUUUGUGAACAGGAGACGGACAAAGCUCAGGCUCCAGGAUUGUAAUAGGCUGUGAACUAAGAGACACAAGAGACUGAGACCUGAAUGAUGAAAUAUCCUCUGGGACUGAAUCAUCACCCACCCUAGAAAGGGAGCACUGAGAACUUUAUGAUAAACAUACUUCAUCAGCACAAUCUGUCCUCCACAUCUUCUAAUCUUCCAGGGGUUUUACAACUUGUUGCACAAAAGAACUGAUUGGAAAUUGCAAUUGGAGUGAACUACAUGUAGAUCCUCUUCAGCCAUGCUACUUGUAAAUCUUGAAGAUAUUUACUAUUAGUCAAUGAACUGUGCCAAACUGACUAUAAAUAAUGACUUUUCCACUGUAGGAAGAAGGGGGAAAUACAAAGCUACUGUGUAAAUGCAACAGCCACUUGCUAAAAUCCCAAAUAUCAUCAAAUUAUAUAAAUAUACAUUUAUAAAUAUAUAUAAAUUUUAUAUAAAAAUAUAUAUAGUCCAGUCCUGAUCAGUAAUAUAGAAUAUACUUUUUAAAGCUUUUAAAUUUUUGUAUUUUUGUACAAAAUAUUUGCUUAUUACAUUGAUCUUUUUAAUUGCCUUUUUUAUAUAAAUAUAGUAUACCGAUGCCAAAGAAAAUAGCAGUGACACUACUUAUCAUUCAUUAGAAAUGAUUGUCAGGUAUAAGUCUCAUUAGCUAUAAAAAUGUAUUUUGCUUUCAUACAGUUCCCAGAUAAAUUGCCAUCAUCUAAUAACUUGUGAAGCUGAUUAAAAUUGCCAUUCACAGUAUUCCACAAAAGCAUAGAAUAUGGUGUGAUCCCAGUGAAAGAUAUGCUGCAGUCCUCAAAUCUCCUUUCCCUAUCAGUUGGUCCAAUUGACUGCAAUGGGAUGACUCCAAAGUAUGGCAGAGUAACCUCUAUUGAGGAGUGAGGGAAGCCUAGCAAUCCUAUCCUAUCCUCAGGAACAAUGAUUAUUACUCUGCCUUCAGGGAAGAGGCAUUGCACUUGAAAGGAAGGACCUGAACGCAGUGGUAGGAUACAUGCUUCGCAUGCUGAAAGCCACUGGUUCAAAGACAGUUAUUUCCAGUUAAAGUAGCAAGUGGUGGGAAGGACUUCUCCCUGGAUCCCUGGAGGAUUGUUGCCAGCGUGCAUAAAUAAUAGUGGGGUGAGAGGGACCACAACAGUCUUACCUAGUAUAAAGAAGAUACCUAUGUUUUAUUAUAUCCUUCCUAUUUGGAUGGUUUCUAUUGGCAUAUAAACCAAACUGAUGAUUGGAUUGUGUAAUACUAACAAAUAGGUUGCAACUGAAAUAGACAUUUCAUUCAGAUGUGUAUGUUGUCUUCAAUAUCUUUUGGGGUUUUGUUUUUUGACUCAUUUUUUUUUAAGAAUGACAGUGGAGCAGCAUGAGGAUACUUUAUCCUUUAACUGAUAGACUUUUUUUUCUGCUGCAGAUCAGUCCCUCUAAGCUGUUGCCCUUACCCUCCCUGGGAAAAAUGGAUUGGUGAAAUGUUUAAAGUGCCUCCUCGCUAUUGUUACUUCUUUCCUUCUUGUCAACCACUCAAAAGCUCAAAAGAGCAGAGGGGCAGGAUAAAAUGACAGUGGAAGAAAAUUACACUCAUCAACAUAUUAUGUCUUAUUUGGUGCUCAGUUGGCACAAAUACUGGCAGUUAAGACUUUCUGUACCAGUAUCAUCUUCAAUAACGAAUCGUGCAUAAACCAAAAAACAUGAUCAAAAUAAAAAGCAGAUCUCACAUUUGGAGUAUGUGAGAGUUAUGUGAAAUCUGUGUGCUGAAUUUACUGUAUGAGUGUUCAUGUCGCUUACAUUUGGCAGAAGUGUCUGCAAUCAGUUUUGAUAAAGGUUCCAGGCACAUAAUCCAACUCAAUGAAUGUUGGCAUUCAGGAAGGAAACAAAUGAAUGUACAGAACUAAAUGCCUGCCACAUCUCUGACAAACUCGGAAACUCUAAUACAGUUUACUCAACAAUAGUAUCACUUGCCCCUCUCCUCAUUUCAGUUAGAUAACAUGUGCUAAAACGUAUUUCUUCGCUUUCACCUCCAGUUUCCCUCAGUAUUUGUCAUGGCUCAUGAGUAAUCAGCUGUCUUGUUAACAGGGAAAUUGAGUGUUCUGUGUUGGUAAACAAGUGAUUCUCCAGACCCUGCUGGGCUGCAACCCCUAUAACCUUU